AUGAGGCAGGAGUUUUUUGAAACAUUUAUCAUCCCCCCCCACUAUCCUUCCAUCCGACUCGGACCUACCAGAGUUUACCUGUCGUCACUUCAAGAGACACAGUCACCUCGACGUCCAGUCACCUCGACGUCCAGUCACCUCGACGUCCAGUCACCUCGACGUCCAGUCACCUCGACGUCCAGUCACCUCGACGUCCAGUCCCAGAUUGACCACACCCUUGCAGACGACACUUCGGAUCGUCUUCGUCACCGCCGUCAAUAUCGGCAUACCCCUAUCAUCCCUCGUCGCAAGGCCCUUCUACCAUCCGUGCCCCCCAGUCAGCCGCUCGACAGACCGCUCGCUGCACGUCUCACCACACCACCACCAGUCUUUGUCCCAUCCGACCCUACAGUCCCUCUCCAGUACCGUAUCUCUGCACCACCUAUCCCCUCCUUCGCACGUCGCGAUCCCAUUGAUCUCCUUGCCAUUGUAGGCUCCAAGGUUAGUGCCGUCAUCAAAAGACUGCAGGCCAUUUUCGAUCGCAAGGACCAGUUGCUCGACAUCCUCCACGACCAUCGGCUCGCCCUUCAGCGCAUCGGCGACAGGCUCGAGUGGAUACUCGACAACAUCGAGAACGGCUCUUCGUGGACACGCAGUCAGCAACUGUCGCGGCGACUAGGCGCGUAG